AUGGCUUCUCGUGCGACACUGCUCAUCGCCGCCGCCAUGGCCGUCGUCGCAGUGGCCGCUCUACUCCCGGCGACCGCGUCCGCGACGUCGUACAUGGUCGGGGACGACUCCGGCUGGGACAAUGGGGUCGACUACAACGCAUGGGCCAGCGGCAAGAAGUUCAAAGUCGGCGACACGCUCGAGUUCCUGUACUCGGAGGGCUUCCACAACGUGGCGCUGGUGGACGCGCAGAGCUACGCGGCGUGUGCCGUGCCGAGCAACGCGCCGACGCUGACCUCCGGGGACGACAGGGUGGCGCUGCGGCAGGCCGGGCAGUGGUUCUUCGUCUGCGGCGUCGAGGGGCACUGCGAGUCCGGCAUGAAGCUCGCCGUCAGCGUCCACUAG